AAACAUGGGAAGUUCCAAUAAAGCACAAAUUCAAGAUAAGAUCGAAUAGUUCCCUACUGUGCAGUCAUAUAAUUGCCAGCGAUUGUAAAACUGCAAAGCCAUCGAGGUACUCCGUUCGGACGAAUGCGCCCGACCACCGCCUUCUGUUCUGGGCGCCUUGAUUGGCGGCAGAAUCGCGUACAUUCAUCUCAGUAACAUAACGGCAUCCGGCGAGAUUCAACGCAGAUUCACCAGGAGCCCAGGACACUCGCCGCACCCGUCUUUCAUUUGCAGAGUGUUGCUGUGUUUCACGUCGGUAAUAUAUUUUUUUCUUAUUCAGUAUGGCUGAAGAAAGUCAUCCCUCGAAAAAGCGGCGUUUGGAGAACGGCUACACCUCAACACCGGAAACCUCUUCGGACGAGCUCGCAGCCAACUCCGAGGUUGAGCGGAUGAGACAAAGCUGGGAUGGAGAAAUUCCUAAUUCUUACAGAUCGUCUGCAGGAUACAAAAGAAAUAAUUCCGUCAGCCGCAGCCGCAGCGCGUCAGGGAGCCCAGAUGAACUCGCAGAAAAUGCCAGCUCUUAUUGGCGGCGACGGAGGUCAGGAAUAAAUAGCAUGGCAUCCUCGCGAGGAAGUAGUCCGCAAGAGAGUGACCGUGGGGAUGAAUCUGAGGAUGCCACACUUGAGGGGGAAGAUAGAGAACGCUCGGUCAAACUCCCUUCAUCGCCAACGCCCACACCGCUACCUCCAUCUCCUCCACCCAAGCCCGAGCGAUUAUACUACAGAGAAAAGUAUGUUUUGAAAGGUCACCAGUUAGGAGUGUCAUCCGUCAAAUUCUCUCCUGAUGGAUCUAUGAUCGCUAGUUGCUCUGCGGAUGCUACGAUAAAAAUAUGGGAUACAGCCAGUGGACGACUUAUCCAUACCUUCGAAGGACAUUUGGCUGGCAUUUCCACAAUAUCAUGGAGCCCGGACGGAGCUUUAAUAGCAUCAGGUUCUGAUGAUAAGUCUAUUAGAUUGUGGCAUGUCCCAACUGGAAAACCACAUCCCAACCCGUUUCUCGGCCACCACAACUAUAUAUACUGCAUCGCCUUCUCUCCGAAAGGAAACAUGCUUGUCAGCGGUUCGUAUGACGAAGCUGUGUAUCUAUGGGAUGUCCGAUCCGCACGGGUAAUGCGGUCACUCCCAGCCCACUCCGAUCCCGUUGCUGGUGUCGACGUCGUGCGUGACGGGACUCUCAUUGUCUCAUGUGCCAGUGACGGCCUCAUCCGCAUAUGGGACACUGCCACAGGGCAAUGUCUCCGCACGCUUGUUCACGAAGACAACCCGCCCGUUUCAGCUGUCAAAUUCUCACCAAAUGGCAAGUACGUACUCGCAUGGACGCAUGACGACUGCGUUAGAUUGUGGGAUUACGUUGAGGGACGAUGCAUCAAGACAUACCAAGGGCAUAAAAACAAGAAAUAUAGUCUUUCAGGUGCUUUUGGGGUAUAUGGUGCGCCUGGCGGAGAGGUUGUGGCGUUUGCAGCCAGCGGCAGUGAGGAUGGGGCGGUGCUCUGUUGGGACGUGGUAAAUAAAAAAGUGUUGCAGAAGCUGGAGGGGCAUUCUGAUGUUGUCUUGGGCGUUGACACCCAUCAUUCUGGGAAGAGGCGGCUAAUUGCAAGCUGUGGUUUGGACAGGACUAUACGAGUCUGGGAGGAGGAGGAGCCGCUUUUAGGGUCGAAAGAUCAGAACAAGGCAGUGGGCGAGCUUCCAGAAUGUGAGCCACCGGAAGAUGAAGCACGUGUGAAAGGCGAAGCCGGCCUUGACAUGGAUGUUGAUGGUGAUACUGCUAUGAGAUAAUGAAUUUUUUGCUUUGGAGCGUCUUUUUCUCUUUUUUCAGAAAUUUAUGUUUUAUGAAACCCUACCUGGCAAGAUAUGAGGCUGGCCGCAUGUCGUGUAGCAAUGAACUUCCGCUGCUUUACAAGAUGCAUAUUCAAACAUUCAAACACCAUCGCCCAGGGAUAUUCUCUAAACGUCAACGUCGGGAAUAAUUAGUUACUGCCACAAAGGCUAGAAGCGUCGAGUAUAUAAGCCCUACAUAAUGAGCUGAGCUAAGAGAAUGAAAAAAAUAAAAUAAAAAUAAAAAAAGCGCAUCUCCUCAUUUUCAUUCCGGCCAGUUUAGGCCCAAACAGUCAAAAAUGCAUCCCUGUCCACCCCAGUUGCGAGUUUCUAAGAACAAAUCAGCGAGACAGGUGAUAUAGCUUAUUUUGGGUGUGUUGAUCAUGCAACAUCUGGGCUGCAGGUAUGUAUUUAGGUCUCCAGAGUUGGAGAUUCCAUCGCCACCCCUUUAUAAUAGAUAUAAUAAUGAGGGAAAAC